AUGGAGCACAAAGGAUUUUCUGCGACAGGCCUAGUCUGCAGCUUUGCUUUCUUUCAUCUCACGCUGCACUCCGCCUAUGGAGACCUGAGCUUUUCUUUUCCGGAGGAGAUGAAACGCGGAUUUGUGAUUGGAAAUAUAGCCAAGGAUCUCGGGCUGGAGGCGAACAGACUGUCCACUCGUAAGGCCCGUAUUGAUACAGAAGGGAACCAAAAACGGUAUUGUGACAUUAAUCUGAGUACCGGGGAUUUGAUUGUUGCUGAAAGGAUUGACAGAGAGGGGCUUUGUGGCAAGAAGGCUUCGUGCGUUUUAAAACAGGAACUUGUAUUGGAGAAUCCUUUGGAGCUACAACAUAUUAGUCUUCACGUUCAAGAUAUUAAUGACAACUCUCCACAAUUUAACGAGGAGAUGAUAGAUAUGGAAAUAUUGGAAUCGGCAGCUAAAGGCACUCGUUUCUCAUUGGAGGAGGCUCAUGACGCGGAUAUAGGACAGAACUCAGUUCAAAGAUACACACUAGAAAGGAAUGACAAUUUCGUUUUGAUUGUUGAUAGUAAUACUGUAGAGCUUGUUCUAGAGAAAGAGCUUGAUCGAGAAAAAAAGCAGGAUCUUAAAAUAAUGCUAACAGCGAAGGACGGAGGCACUCCGCAGAAAUCAGGUACUGUAGUCAUACACGUCACUAUACUGGAUGCUAACGAUAAUGCCCCAGUGUUUAGCCAGGCCGUCUAUAAAGCCAGUCUGCCUGAAAACUCACCGUUAGAUACUGUAGUGGUUACAGUGAGUGCUACAGAUGCAGAUGAGGGAGUGAAUGGGGAAGUGACAUAUGACUUCGGUCAUGUUUCAGAAGAAGUGAAGAUUUUUUAUUCUAUCGUCCGUAAAACAGGAGAUAUAAGAGUUAUUGGCACUAUAGAUUUUGAAGAAGUUUCAUCAUUUGAAUUGCGCAUCAAAGCAAAGGAUGGUUUAGGGUUAGCAUCAUAUGCUAAAGUCAUAAUAGACAUCACAGAUGUAAAUGACAAUGCUCCUGUGAUAUAUCUAAAAUCUCUGACUAACCCCAUGCCUGAGAACGCGUCACCUGGUACAGAGGUGGGCAUCAUUAACGUCCAGGAUCGAGACUCUGGGAAUAACCGACAGGUCCGCUGCUCCAUUCAGCAAAACGUUCCUUUUAAGCUGGUGCCAUCCAUCAAAAACUACUAUUCUCUGGUGACCACGGGCGAACUGGACCGGGAACUAGUGUCUGAUUACAACAUUACAAUCACUGCCACUGACGAGGGCUCUCCGCCUCUGUCCUCCUUUAAAAGUAUUCAGUUAUCUGUAGCUGACGUCAACGACAACCCACCUUUGUUUGAGGAACAGUCCUAUAGUGCCCACGUGACUGAAAAUAACAGACCUGGCUCUUCCCUGUGUUCCGUUACUGCCCGAGACCCAGAUUGGAGACAGAACGGAACAGUGAUUUAUUCUCUUUUACCUGGUGAGGUGAACGGUGUCCCGGUGUCCUCGUUUUUAUCCGUUAACGGAGACACUGGGGUGAUCCUCGCUGUGAGGUCGUUUGAUUAUGAGCAGUUCAGGAGCUUUAAAGUCCACGUGGCGGCCAGAGACAACGGUUCUCCUCCUCUCAGCAGCAACGUCACCGUUAGUGUGUUCAUAACGGAUGUGAAUGACAACUCUCCUCAGAUACUAUACCCCGCCCCGGAGGGGAACUCCUUCAUGACCGAGCUGGUCCCCAAAGCGGCGCACGGAGGCUCUCUGGUUUCCAAGGUGAUUGCGGUGGAUGCGGACUCCGGCCAGAACGCCUGGCUGUCCUAUCAUAUAGUCAAAUCCACUGAUCCGGGACUUUUCACUAUUGGUCUUCAUAGUGGAGAGAUCAGGACACAGCGGGACAUUUCUGAAUCUGACAGCAUGAAACAGAACCUUAUUGUGUCAGUGAAAGAUAAUGGACAGCCCUCUCUCUCUGCCAGCUGUACCAUGUAUUUAGUGAUUUCUGAUAACUUGGCUGAAGUGCCAGAACUGAAAGAUAUCUCUUAUGAUGAGAGCAAUUCCAAACUCACCUCUUAUCUGAUCAUCGCGCUGGUGUCCGUCUCCACCUUUUUCCUUACCUUCAUUAUUGUCAUCCUGGCCAUGAGAUUUUGCCUGAGGAGAAAGCCCAGACUGUUGUUUGAUGGAGCGGUCGCCAUCCCCAGCGCGUUUCUCCCUCCCAACUACGCAGAGGUGGAUGGCGCGGGAACUCUCCGCAGUACUUACAAUUAUGACGCAUACCUGACGACGGGUUCGCGCACAAGUGACUUCAAGUUCCUCACAUCUUACAAUGACAACACACUGCCCGCUGACCAGACUCUGAGAAAAACUCCAAAUGACUUUGCUGAAGAACUUGAUGGCUCCGAGGGGUCCCCAGAGGUAAGCGGUUUUAGUGUUACACGGUUGAUAUGUUUUCUUGGUAUUGUAUUCACAAUGUAGAACAGAUGGCAGAUGUCAGGUGAUAGCGUUUUUGGAAUGGUGGAGCAAUUUAGACAGAAGGAUGCGAUGAGAAGCCUGUUUUGAUAGUGUAUGCAUCCUUGCUGCAGUUGGCUGCCACUGUCCAUGGGACUGAACACCCCUUAUACAUGUGAGACAGGACAUAAUAAUUAUUUUCCUUUGCUCCUUGUGAUGAUUUAUAUAUGUGACAUCACAUGCUAACAGAUGUUUAGAAAUGGUUUAGCUGUAUUGCACUAGUUGUACUACAGCAACAUGAUAAGAAGGCUUUGCCUGUUUCAUCCUGAGAUUCAACAAACCUAAUGAGAAAGUUUGUCUUGCGAAUAUUUAUGUGAACAUGUCUGUUGUUGAAGUGACAUUAUAGACUUUUCCAACCACUUGUUGACAACCUUUAUUCUUAAAUUACUUUCACAUUCUCUUAGAACACAGUAAUCAGAGGACUAUAGCCUAUACCCAUCAGUAACAUACAUACAUGAUAGACAUUUCUAAUGCAAUGUCUUUUGUAAAUCAAUUUAUAUGUUUUGUAUAUGGCUUAAUACAAUCUAAUGUUCUCCCUCAGAGAGAGAGAGAGAGAGAGAGAGAGAGAGAGAGAGAGAGAGAGAGAGAGAGAGAGAGAGAGAGAGAGAGAGAGAGAGAGAGAGAGAGAGAGAGGAGAGCGAGAGAGAGAGAGAGAGAGAGAGAGAGAGAGAGAGAGAUAGAAGAGAUAUAGCUAGAGAGAUACGAGCGAAGAGCAAAUAUUCUAGAUCUAGAUCGAUAUUAUAGAUAGCUAGAGAUAGAAUAGUGGAGCUAUCUAGCUAUAUAGAUAGCUAUGAGAUACAGCUCUAGACUACGAGAUAGAGCAGAUCUCUAUCCUAUAGAUAUCUAUCGAGGGAGAGAGAGAGAGAGAGAGAGAGAGAGACACCUAGACCUCUAGACCUAGACCUAGCGGUAGUAAGUGCGCUCGAUUGAGGCGGUAGGAGAGAAAUCCAAACUGACAUGAGCAGGCUCCCGAGCAGGGCAUACUCUACUCUCGAGAUGCAGAGUAAAAGAGCGUUACUGCAUUGCUUUGAUAUUCGUUUUUAUUUUAUGUAAUGCAAGAUAUAUAUAUACUUUUUUUAUAUCAACAAAGGAUGUAAAAAAGUGCUUAAAACUGAGUUACGGAUGCAUUUUUGGGUGAUUACCCUUCUCUUUGGCGCGUCGUUUGGAUAGGUGCGCUACUCCGUACCAGAGGAGAUGGAGCGCUGCUCGGUCAUUGGGAACGUGGCUAAGGAUCUGAGGCCUGGGAGACCCAGGCAGAUACACUCUUACCAUCAGUGGGUUUGACGGUUGUAAUCCUGCCAGGUCAGGCACAGCGUCUAUUCAAAUCCAUGUUCUGGAUGCCAAUGACAAUGUCCCUGUUUUCAGCAAGAGGAUUUACAAGGCCUCUGUGUUAGAUAACUCUGCCAUGGGCGUUUUGGUGGCAACACUGAACACCACAGAUUUAGAUGAUGGUGUAUAUGGGGAGAUAACAUACUCUUUCAGACAUGUCUGACAAAACUAGAGGGGUCCUUGAAAUUGACCCAGUGAGCAGUGAAGUGGACUAUGAGGAGGCAUGAGCUAGAGAUGAUGGGGGUCAGCCGUCACUCUGUAAACUCAUAAUUGAAGUGAUUGAUGUGAAUGACAAUGAGCCGGUGAUAGCCGUGAUCUGCCUCUGCUAUGGUGGCCGAGGAUUCUAAACCCGGUACCAUGGUUGCUUUGCUAAACGUGUAUGACCUGGACACUGGAAAUAGCGGCCGGGUCAAGUGUGCCAUCUCAGACAGUGUUCCUUUUAAAUUGAUAUCAGAGGUUAAGAAUUACUACAUGUUCGUGACUGACGGUAUAUUAGACAGAGAGAUGAACCCACAUUAUAACAUCAUGGUGACAGCUGGUGACUGGUUCUCCCUCACUAUCCAGUAGAAAGUUAAUAUCCAUCACAGUGGAUGACGUGAAUGACAAUCCCCCUACUUUUACACAGAGCUAGUACACCGCUAAAGUUUGGUAAAACCAACGCAGAGGCACAUUAGUGAUAAGGGUGAGAGCCGAGGAUCUAGACGCAGGAUCCAAUGCUUCCCUCUCCAUCAACGCAGAGACCGGAGAGCUCUUCACCUCGCGCCCCUUUGAUUACGAGCAGGCCAGUCACUAUCAGGUGGGAGUCACAGCUCAAGACGGUGGUACCCCUCCUCUCUCCAGUAUCUGCACCAUGAGGGUGUUCAUCGGUGACCAUAGUGACAACACACCCAUUGUUCUUUAUCCUGUCCAAUCAUAUGGCACCUAAAGGCUACCUGGUUACCAAAGUGGUUGCCGUGGACGCUGACUCCGGCCAUAAUGUGUGGCUCUCCUACCAUUUGGUCAAAGCGUUGCAGCCCAACCUUUUCACUAUUGGCCUGCACAGUGGAGAAAUCAGGACUGUGAGGCCGUUUGAAGAGCAGGACUAGCCUAAACAAACCCUUGUGAUCAUGGUAAGAGACAACGGGCCUGAGUCCCUCUCAGCCACUGCCACAGUCAAUGUAGUUGUUGGCGACUGCGUGCCUGUUUUAAACAGGCACUAUGAGUUCACGAAUGAUGAAUCACAGGCGAGCUAUAACUUAACGCUUUAUUUGAUAACACCCUGGUGACCGUGUCUUCUCUCCUACUCAUUAUGAACAGCGCAGUCGUGUACUUCCAGAUGUGUAGACGCGGGUUCAUGUACCGCGCGUCCAGCCUCCCUGUCUUCCCCACGGCCUACGACCCUCCUGAAAGAUGA